AGAAGACACAAAGAAUCGAUGGGCUGCAUAAAUAAUGGGAUGUUUUGUGGAAUAGGGGCGGCGGACUAGGCAGGUAUGAAAUCGGAAUAAUAGGGACACGGUAUUGGAAUCUCGGAAGAUGCCGAACAAUAUCGUUGUUGCGUGCGGAUCUCUUACAACUCCGUGUACAUGUAGCCCUCUUUGUUCUAGCCGACAUCCGGAUAUGUUCUUGACAUCAUGAACCUCCUAUUUCGUUUGUUGAUACUUCGGUUUCUAUGAAUGAGUACGGCCGUACGAAUAUCAAUUGCCGCGCAUCGGAUAGGCACUUCCUGUUUGAUCGAGUCGUAUUUGUAAAGUUCUUCAUCACCAGGCCGCCCACUUUUUGCAAUACGCUUGAGAAAUCACAUCCUUCCCCGUCUUAUACUAUUGUUUCCAUGAUGAUAGUAUUGAAAAUAGAUACUAUAUUUUUCCUACUUAUACCAAGCCGCUUAUCCCAUAUGUAAUCGAUUAUAACAAAGCAAUGUCUAGCCCUAGCCAAGGCGCGAUUCCUCAAAGAGGUAUCAAUGAAAUAAUCGUGACUACGACUUUCCUGGUGCUCGCCAUCCUUGCCGUCAUCGCCCGGUUCUAUUCUCGUUAUCUGCAACAGAGGCCAUAUUCAGUCGAUGAUUAUAUUAUCAUCGCGAGUCUGAUAUCUACAGCCGCUGCAGUUGGUGUGGGUUACGCACUUGUACUCAAGGGCGGUGCUGGGCUUCAUAGGGAGGAUGUCACGAGUGAGCAGUUUUCAAUCACCCUCAAGCUCUUCGUGGCUGCUCCACUUCUCUGGGUAAUCUCAACCUCUCUGGUGAAACUCUCUGUCCUUUGCUUCUACAUGAGCAUUUUCACCUUCCCAAGAAUACGCAAGGCAGUCUAUGUAGUCAUCAGUCUUACCAUUGCCCUGAUUUUCGCCGUAAUCCUUGAGUCAUUCCUCCUUUGCCGACCUUUCAAGUUCACGUGGGACAAGGAGAUCCAGGGAGGUGUCUGUGGUAACGCCGUAUAUGCCUACCUGGCUAUAUCUAUCAUAAACCUCGUCAUAGAUUUUGCCGUGGUCCUCUUGCCAAUGCCGAUUCUCUGGAAACUACAGAUGCCGGUGGGGAAGAAGGUGGCCAUCAGCGCUAUGUUGGGGCUUGGUAUUGUUAUCUGCGCCCUAUCCGCAGCGCGCGUCAAGAGUGUCCUCGCACUAGACACGGCGGACUUUACCUACAACCUCGUAUACGAUCUAAUCCUUGGCGCGCUGGAACUCGAAUUGGGCAUUGUCAAUGCCUGCUUACCCAUCCUACGCCCCUUGAUCCUCAAGAUCUUCGCGACUGAUUCGGUAAUUUUCAGGGGAUGGAGUAAUAAGGCGGAGCCUGCUGGCGGCCCGAAGACAUACAAGAACAUCAGGAUCAGCAAGAAUAGAAACUUUGAAUGCUUGUCGAGCAGCAUGUACCCAUUAGAUGAGAUAGCACCUGGGGUAUCGUCAAACGAGACAACGGCUCAGGUUCAGGACCACACUUGCUGCAUCCAUUACACCCAAGAGGGCAAAGAACCAGGUCCGGGUGAAAUCAGGGUACAGAAAGAUGUUUAUUUGUAUCGGUUCUCUGCGUUCUGCUAGAUGGGUAUAAUCAGGUAAAUAGGGGUUGCAUAAUGGCAAAUGAAGAUUGGUGGACAAGCACACGUUUAAAUGGGGGAGCUACAUCGGUAUUGGCAAUUUAUAUGAGCUAAAGGGGGCUAACUUAUCUAGGUAAAUAUACACUACACCUAUGGC